AAUUACCUAUCAUCUAAGUUAUGAACGAAAUGAGACAAACGGUCGGAGCCGAAAGAAUGUCGUUAUCCGAUGCAACCAGGAUAUUAUUGGUGGCUACGCGUACGAUUGGGAUGAAUCCGAUAUCCUGGCGGAGGAAAGUUCAUCUGAUAAUUUUUUUCGCAGCACAAACAUUUAUAUUUUAUGAAUCUGUGGAAGCCCAUUAUAGUGUGAUAGAAGUCGAAAAUUUUUGGUUCAGAGUUACUGUGCACGCUUUCAAAGACGGAGCUCGAGCCGUUGCAGGGUUUCUCGUCAUCGUCACAACAUUUUUGAAUCCAACGAGAUACGUGCUACCUCUGAAGGACUUUACUGUUAUCGAUGAAACUUUAGAGAACUUCGGAGUACGUGUAAAUAACGAAAGCACCUUUAGGUGGCAACUGUUACAAAUAAUUUUUUUCGUCGCGACGCCAUUUCUGCUGUCCGUCUGGAAUUUCUACAUUUACAACGAGCCAACACGCAACAAAUAUUUCAGUAUGAUGAUGACGGGUCACAUUUUCACCAUAACGUCACUGUUCAGUUAUGGAAUGGUAGAUUGUUCCUUCUGCACCAUUUUAUCCAUAAUCAAAGAGCGGCUCAGAGUAAUAAACUCGAUCAUUCAUCGGGCCGAAAAUCUUUGGCCAAGGGAGGACGUCAGAGUGGCAGGAAUUUCCAGUUUCAGCAAAAUCGCGGAUGACAUCGUGUUCCGGGGGCUCAAAAUAUUGAGAGAACAGUAUCACGAAUUGUGGGUCAUUGCAAUGCGAGUGAAUGAAGCUUAUGGUUUGCACCUUCUUGUGGCAGCGACGAGUGCAUUCGCGAUAACGACCGUCUUACUUUGGGAAGGUUACGAGGAAACGAAUUCAGGUUACUCUGACAAUUGGAUUCUCGGUGUGAAAAUCAAAUGGGCUGUAUUCGUUACGUCAAGAAUAUUUUUGUUGGCUCAAGCUUGCGAGUCUGUAGUGCACGAAGCAAAGACGACCUGCGUUGUGCUUCAGGAUUUGAUGAUGAACGGGAACUGGCAAUCCACGACGAAAAGUGAGGCAAGGGAAUCAAAUAUUCGAGAUUUUCUGAUGCAGCAUCAACUGGAAGUUCAAGAUUUUACAGCGUGCAAUUUUUUUAAAAUAAAUCGCACAAUGGUCAGUGGUAUUCUGAGCGCAGUUUCUUCUUAUCUUGUAAUUUUGAUUCAAAUGGGGGAAGGCCAUAAUUCCUACAAAGCCGACAGGAAUUCGUCACAAGUGAAAUAAUUACUGACGUAAUUUCAUUGAGAAGAAAUUAUUGCUUCUCGUAUUUAUCGAAUAAUUUGUACCACUGUAACCGAAGUUAAAAUAAAACCGAAUUUUGAUUAAUCUUCUGAAAGGCAGAAGUCA